AUGGAAGGUUUGGGAGGGGAUAUACCGCCGAUGCACAACAGAAGUUUUUAUCCAUCUGCAUUCGGAGCACACACCAGCCGAACUGCAACAGGAGCGACGGUCUAUUCGGUCGCGGACAGAACAAACUCAUUCACUCAUGACUCUUUCAAGACGUAUGGGUCUUUGCCUACCACAGCCGCCUCAAAUACGUCUGUCACCUUCGGCUGUCAAUUCGGCAACAGUUGUUACAGUUGCAAAAUACCGCACAAUUCCUGUUUCCAACACAGCGUGUUGAAACAAACCGCUAAUGCAUCUCUCGGUGGACAUUCAGACAAAUCGGUGGACAUGACAGGCUACACCACUAACGUGCACUGCAGUGAACUUCCAGGGAGGGCGAAAGAUUUUGGGGUUUAUCAGGGCUUUCAAACUCACUAUCCACGGAUUCCAGGAUACAUUGAUGUACCUGUUGUGCCUCGAAGUAGUACUGGUGAUCCGCGACAUGGGACUGCCCUUCCCAUGGAAAACUAUCAGCCUUGGAACUGGUCAAGUAGUUGGGGUGGCCAACUUUACUGCGCAAAAGAGCAGAACCAAAGCACGCACAUUUGGAAAUCUUCUCUUGCAGAGGAUACAGCACUAAACCGGCCAGACGUCAGCACCUUUUACCGGCGUGGGAGGAAGAAAAGGGUGCCGUACUCCAAGCUUCAGCUCAGAGAACUUGAACGAGAGUACACAAUCAACAAAUUUAUCACUAAAGAGAAAAGACGACGAAUAGCCUCCUGCACCAAUUUAACAGAAAGACAAGUGACGAUAUGGUUUCAGAAUCGACGAGUCAAAGACAAGAAAAUCGUGUCAAAAACAGCAAAAGACUUUGCACCUUUUUCAUGA